UAGUCUAACAUAUUGUCUUGUUUUGCUAAUUGGAUGUUUUUAUUGCAAUUUACCCUACUUCCCUAUUCUUAUUUCAUUUGGGGGGCUUUAUUUCCCUAGAAUGCCUUGCAGUUCAUUAAACAAUACUGGAAAAUGCAUGGCCGUCCUUUAUUUCUUGUGCUCAUCCGAGAGGACAAUAUAAGGGGAAGUAGAUUCAAUCCCAUACUAGACAUGCUUGCCUCCUUUAAGAAAGGUGUGGUUGGUGGAGUGAAGGUUCGUGUGGAUCGGCUGCAGACAUUAAUCUCUGGAGCAGUGGUUGAACAAUUGGAUUUCUUAAGAAUUGGUGACGCAGAGGAGCCUCCGGAAUUUAAGAGUUUUGAAGAACUGGAGCUUCCAAAGCAUUCAAAAGUCAAGAGGCAAACCAGUACGCCAAAUGCAACGGAGUUGGAACAGCAGCCAGAUAUUAAUCAUAACGACUGGAAAAACAAGCCAAUUCAUGAGAUUCUUCAGAAAUUGAAU